AUGAAACUUACACGCAAAAAGUCCAAUCCGUGCAUCGAUGAUACGUUCCCAACCACUCAGUUCCUAAUCCUAGCGAUAUGUCGGUUAUCCGAGCCGAUCGCCAUCACCGCCAUCUUUCCAUAUGCAUGGCUCAUGGUCAAGAGUUUUGGGCUCGGUGAUGCCUCCUUCUACGCUGGCAUCCUCAUUGCCUCCUUCUCACUCGCCGAGGCCUUGACCAGUAUGUUUUGGGGUGCCCUCUCCGAUCGCCUCGGACGAAAACCCAUCCUCCUCACGGGCCUCGCCGGAACGGUCGUGUCUCUCCUCGUCGUCGGCUUCUCAACAAAUUUCACCGUCGCUUUAUGUGGGAGAAUCAUCGGUGGCGCCCUGAACGGGAAUAUCGGCGUCAUUCAAACCAUGGUGGGGGAAUUGGUCACCAAGCCAGAACACGAGCCCAAAGCGUAUGCCGUCAUGCCGUUUGUGUGGUCCAUUGGGUGUAUUAUUGGACCUGCCAUCGGUGGGUUGCUCGCAAAUCCUGCAAAGUCGUACCCCGGCGUCUUUCCCAGUACUGGCUUGUUUGGCCACUUCCCGUGGCUCCUCCCCAAUCUGAUAUGUGCCGUAAUCAUGCUCUUCAGCAUCAUUGUCGGCUUCUUUUGGCUCCGAGAAACCCAUCCAGAAUUCCGCCAAAGAGGGCCCGAGGAGGACUCCCGUUUCAAUGUCACCGAGCACACCCCAAUGAUGCUGACCGCCGGCGCCAACGCCGAUGCCGGUACUGAUCUGAGACGGGACUCGUUCGGCACGUUCAACGAAGUUGAGAUUCAGAACAACCUCCGAUGGAAGAUCGGCGCCCACGGCAGCUCCCGAAGCUUCUCGAUCUCCGAAAAAGAGUCUCAGAAGUGGCUCACCAAGCGGGUGGCCAUGUUGACUCUCGCCCUCAGUCUGUACACGUAUCAUUCCAUGUGUUACGACCACCUCUUGCCCAUCUUCUUCGAGGACAAGCCUGUUGACCAGGUUUUUGUAUCCCGUGUGACUGCCUUCCACGUCCCAGGCGGACUCGGUAUGUCGACCAAAGACGUGGGUGUCAUUAUGUCCGUGAAUGGUUUGAUCGCCUUGUUCAUCCAAGCCGUCGUAUUCCCCCUUGCCGCCGAGCGUCUUGGGGUCUGGCGAGUCUUCGUCCUGGUGACGAUUUUCCAUCCCGUGGCGUUCUUCGUCGUGCCUUACCUCGCUCUUUUGCCGCGGAGUCUGCUUUAUCCGGGCAUCUAUUUCUGCCUCACGAUUCGAAACCUCCUUUCCAUCCUCGACUACCCCGUUCUCUUGAUCCUGCUCAAGCAGGCAAGUCCGUCCCUCUCUACCCUCGGCCGAAUCAACGGCUUGGCAGCUGCGGCUGGUGCGGCGUGUCGAACAAUCGCACCGCCCGUUGCGGGUUUGUUGUACGAACGGGGUUCCCAGAUUGGGUUUACAGGUUUGGCGUACUUCGGGGCAGGCGCCGUCGCGAUCGUGGGCGUCGUGCAACUAUGGUUUGUUCCGAGGGAGAAGUAUACCUCGACCGUCAAGCCUAUUAUCCCAUACAUGGAGAGUACAGAGGAUGCUAUUCGAGAUGUGGUUGACGUUACGGUUGUCGAUGAUGUUGAGGGGGAGGAUGAAGAAGAGAACGACGAGGUUUGA